AUGGAAAAUAUACUUGCCACUUGGUUACAAGACAACAAAACAAAAAAAUGGAGUGAAGGACUAAAAUUUGUCCAAUUGACGAAAAAUCGAUCCUUACAUCAUGGAAUAAAAUGCAGCUCAGAUGAAGCAAUAUUUGGAUGUAGUGCUAAAAUGGGAUUAAAAUCAUCGGUACUUCCAAUAGCAAUAAUUAAUAAAUUAAAAACCGAAGAAGAUUUAGAGGCAGCUAUUACAUCCAUGAAUACUGGAGAUCAUAGUAAAUUUGAUGAAGCAUUGAUUGAAGAAAAUAAUGAAGAAAAAAAUUAG